AUGACCACGGCUCUUGAAUUCCCGAACAAUUGCUCUACUAACGUUUACACACUUAACGAUUUCGGCGAGAUUGCUUAUAUCGUAUGUACGGUAGCGACACCGCCAAACCAUGAUUCUGCAGCCAUCCCGACGCCGGGGAGUACUCUCGCUCGCCUCCGCAAAACAGAGCGACAGUUCCGUGAGGCCUCCAUCCUUGCUGCUUUGGAUGUCGACACUUGUCAACUAUUCACCUUCUACAAGAAGGUAGAUAUUGCCAAUGCUCGAGACCAAAAGACACUUUUAAGCAAAUUCGGCUAUGUGCUCCGGAGUAACACUUGCACAAUUGCCUAUAAGACCGCCGCACGCUUGCCAGAUUUAAUCAAGCCCGAGCAGGCUCGCUUGUAUCGACUCUUUACUACAGCGGUGGUAUCCAGUAUCAAGCUCCUUCCCAACGGCGAUUCUGCGCUGCAGCCGGUUGGACCAAAUGUAUAUCUGGUCGAGGGAACGCCAUCAGAUGGAUUGGACUGGCCCCAGUCCAGCCGGAGGUGGAGCCUAUAUAGCGUCGACCUUCAAAUCAUCACCAGCGGACAUGUCAUUCUGACUCUCGGGAAACACGCGAGCAUGUCGUUCUUGCGGUUGCUGGAAGUUUACGGAGAUUCUGCUAGAGCUCGGCGGCUUUCGGAACAAUCUGCGGCCGUGUAUCUUGUUCCAGGGGGACAGGUUGCAAGGCUGAUUCGUCGCGAAGCUGGUGACAAGUCCAACAAGACAGGCAAGCCUGGACAACGGCUCGAGCAGGGUCAGGCUCUAGAUAUUUGGAAGGGGGUGUGGAAGGAGUUACUUCCACAGUGGCUCAAGGAAAACAUGAAUAUGACAAUCGACGAAGAUGUUGUUUGGAUUGAGGCGGAGGUGCCUCUACAGGAGGUUGAUGCAAGCACGCCAACGGAUCAAACGUCUCCUAGAUUGAGAGAAGCUGGGGAUGGCCAGAUUAUGUGGAGGCCAGUAUACUGGCCCGCAAGCCUUUGCUUCGUUGUCGACGAUCAGAAUGACACACCAUUGGAGACUCCCAAGAGCGAUGCUGAUCCCAUGCAGUUCGUGCAGGACUGGCUUACUGGGACUGGACAGCAAUCUGGGGUUGGCCUUAAAAGUGGAAAACUUCAGCAUGAAACUCUAGAAGACGAUGACGAGCCACUCUUUGCCGAUGACGGGCCAUUUGAUGUGCCGGAGCAUCUCCAGUCGUUUGGACCUCCAGCAUUUCCAAAUAGCCACAGCAUCUAUCCUACACCACCCGAUGUUACAAUGACACACCAUACACCGGGAUUGUCGUCAGUGGAUGGAAUAGGCGUUACCCCUGCCAAUUUCGCCCUUGGGCCCUCAGAGACCGCGAAGCAGCAUGACACCGAAAUGCAGGACUUUGGGGUUGUGUCUGCAUCUAGUCAACUGGCCAACUUUGACGACGAGGACCUUUUCGAAGAGAUACCGGAUGCUAACUUUGACCAGGAGGGCAAUGGCGAUGAGCCUAACUGGGACUUUUUCGAUCAACCGGGCAUUGGUAACAAAUCAAAUCCCAUGGUGACAUCACAUCGUGACGACUUUAUCUCCAUUACCAGCGAGAACCAUGAAGAGAGGAACGAGCUUGAGGAUUCCUUCACUCGUGGCGAUGCCGAAAUGGAGGUGAGUGGACGAACCAGCGGUCUGGAUGACCCAUCAGACGCCGAAAGGCCUUCUACACUGCAAGAAAUCAUGGAAGCCCGCAGUGCAUCACCUGUCAAGGGUGGGAGCAUUUCUCACAAAGAUGAAGCAGGUGGCAGGCCGACGUCUUCCAAAAGGACUGGAUCCCCGCGUCCAGUCCGCGGAACCCAGCCAAACCCUUCCGGACGCCGUAGGGGAUCGAGUAUUUACGACGGAGUUCAAGGCGCAACGACCCUGUCUAAUCAUGAUCGCAAAUAUACGGCGGAUGGAGAUUACUGGUUUGACCCCAACCCUGCCAUUCCCACGCCUAAGAACAUCUCUGCACACACGGCUGUGUUUCACAUGUCUUCCUCAACUUCAUCUGAGAGUGGUAGUUCAGUGGACGGCCACGAUGCUUCUGUAGCUUUGGACAACGCCGAACAGAAGUCCCCGCCUAUUCCGAGAAAAUGGACAGAAUAUCAGCCAGGGUCACCUCCGACCACUGGUCAAGCCGAUGAGGUCAGGAGGGAGUCGAUCAAUCUCGAGGCGCAGCAGCUUCUCGAUCUGUUGAAAGUGUCACUCGUGGAGCCACCUUCGCCGUCAGAUUUCCAACUACACAAAGCGCUACGCAAUAUCCAAGGCGUAACACCUAGCAAACUCCUGCAAGUUGCUCAGAUACUGGUCGAGCAAGUAUCGCAAACGUCAUUGAUGAAAGCAGGUCACUAUAUUGAUAGACUGCCUGAAACGUCCAAUGACUAUAUGGAGGUUAACAUUGAUCUGAGCGGUAUCAACACGUUCACACAGGCAUCAACUGUGCAGCAGCUAAUCAAUAUCAAGCCUGACAGCACCAGCACAAAUUGUAAAGGAAGAGUCUUGAAGCUUCCUACCAGCCAAAUAUGUGUGCGACGUGCCGAUCAGCCCUUGUUCGCUUCAGCCUCAAUCAUGGAAUUCUGGGACACAUUGAACCUGCAACCCGAAAGUGGCGCAAAGGUUGUCACCGCAUUUUGCUUACAUCCGAGCGGUGGAAGUGUGGCCGAGGGGUGCUCAAAUUUCUUGCAGAGAAUGACGGACACUUACAACAGCUGCGCACUCGGGAAGCAUUCGACAGGACGAAUUCCUGGCGUCACGGAGGAUGGACUGUGUGCUUGGGGUUGGAACGUUCACAGCCAAGGAGACUUCCACAAGACCUGCCGGAGGUUUGGCCGUGCGCUAGCUCAAGCUUCAGACUUACACGAUACCAUCAUCGUUUAUAUGGUUGCCCGGGACAAAAGCGUCGAGUCCUACCUGCAAACCUGCGAAGCAUUCCUCAGCCUGUUCGAAUCGUUCCGACAGUCACUAGGCGAUCGGCAGAAUUCGUUUGAUGUUGCGUUGCAAAUCGUACCGCUGAGCUUCAUUGCCGAUCCCGAGACAUUAGUUGUGCCUCCCCAGAGUGCCUAUGUCAAAUUGGCGAUAGAGGUAUACAAUCGCAUACCGCCUGGGGAGCUUUCUGGGUCACCGGCUGCUGGCGGCUCCGCGGUCGUGCUGGCGCAACCAGAGAAUUCUGUCCAUUUCCGCCUCUCCCCAACCUUCAGCUCCCCCCUGUCCAAAUACGGGCCCUGUCUUCACCUUGCCUAUUCUGUUACGGCAGAUCACCGAUGGAUUACUGCAGCUUGGACAGACGAGCUUGGCCGGGUCGCACUGAGCAUGACUUAUUGCUUACGCAAGCAGAAUUCUCCGCGCGAGAGACCAAGACGUGAAAUCUUCCAGGAAAUGUGGGAGAUAUCCCACGACAUUAUGGGCAAGAUGCACAGCACAUGGCGUUUGGCUAUCGCCAGGGAAGGAUACUAUGAGCCGGCCGAGUUGCAGGAUUGGGAGCAGGUUAUCAAAGGUCCAAGCCCACCGCAUAAACAAUGUCUGGCACUGCUUAUUUCUAUCCAACUCCAACCGGCGCUGAGAGUCUUUCCGCCCUCUAUGCAGACAAAGACGGGUCCACAGGGCAUGCAAAAUACAUAUGGCACACCCGCAUCAACGCCCCAAGCCAGUAUAACAUCACCCGAUCAACUUGUGCCUGCCACUCCUACACCCGGUGGAAGCUCAAUCAUGAGCGUGCCGACGCCGAAUGAACCUGGCUUCGAUCCGAAUACGGAUUCCGAUCUUACACUCGUAGACCCCACAGAGGAGAGCUGGGGCAUCAUCCUGCCGUACGGGGUAAACCAGACGGCAAACAUGGUUGACUUACGUCCUGCUCUAGUCAGUUGUAUGCUGAUCAAACGGAAAGGGACCAAGGUCGAGGAUGGAUGUCUCGCAAUCGAAGUGAAUCUGAUCAGCACCCUGUCAGCAGCGAUCGAAAGUGCCGAAACAUCAACAGAUGGAUUGCUCGAAGAUCUCAUGACGCAGUAUCGCAGACUUGUCACUCUCGCCAUGACGCGAGGCUGUGUCGAUCCACUGCACGAAUGCGUCCCCUGGCAUAUCAUAACGGCAGCGAAGGGUUCACACGCACUCGACAAAGUUCUGUAA